GACAGCGCCAUCUACCAAAAAAACAUUAUUCGAUGUAACUAUUGCAAAAGUUAUACGGCCGUAAAAUGAAACUUACGCAUUAUUUAUGGCGUAGAAGACAGCACGCAAGGGUAGCCCAAGAUAUAAAAAAAGUACCAUUUAGAGAAUAUCUUCCUUUAUCGUUAAAAGAUUCUGUCCAGGGAGCGGCGCGUAAGUCGUCUGAACAGAAUUGUUUAUACGAAAUGACAUUACUUUUUACGUGCUUAAAUGAUAGUAAUUUUGAAAAUCAGCUAUGCGGUAACCAAAUUAAAAGCUUGCAAGAAUGCAUGAAGAAUUAUACAGAACAUAUGGAAGAGCAGAAAGUGGCACGAAAACUGGAAGUUCCAAAGCCUAAUGCUAAGACUUUCACAAAUACUCAAGUUACUUAUCUUCUGCAUAAAUAUCCAAAUGUUUAAGUAUUACCAAAGUAUGUACUGUAAGGUCAUUGUGUAUAUAAAUAUAUUGUAGUAAAAGUUACAAUCCUUUUUUACAAUUAAAUUCUUGA